AUGGUGGUGGGAUUGGUUUUGAUAAACCACUGCUGCAGUUCUUGUUAUGGAUGUUGGGAGGAAGAGAGGAUUGCUCUCUUGCACCUCAAAGCUUUUUUUAGCUACCCCGAUGGCCCUUCCUUGUUUAAUUGGUCAGAGAAACAGAGGGAAGCUGACUGCUGUAAGUGGACUGAUAUACUUGAGUGUGAUACCACCACAAAAAGGGUGAUCGGACUGUCUCUUGGGAGUUCAAUGGAUAGAAGUAUGCGGAAUCGGUAUCUUAAUGCAUCUUUGUUUCUGCCUUUCAAAGAAUUGAAGAGUCUCACCUUAGCUGAUAGCAACUUUGUUGGUUGCUUUCAGAAUCAAGGUUUCCAAGUUCUGUCACCAAGGCUCAGGAAUUUGGAAGUUCUUGACCUGAGUUUUAUUAAAUUCAAUGGCAGUAUUUUAUUAUCUCUGAGUGGAUUUUCAUCUCUCAAGUCUUUUUAUCUUACAGCUAACAUGUUGACAGGCUCAACCCGUAUCAAUGGUAAGGUUUCCUGUGGCCUCAAAAAGCUUCCUCUGUAA